AUGGCUGCUCGCUUCCUGAUACUCCUGCUGCCGGCGCUGGCCGUUGCUAAGAUAAACGUUGAAUUGUCUGGAAAAUUCGACACUGAGAAGCCGAAUAUGCAAGUAUACCUGUCAGGGAACGAUGUCGGAAUCAUCAGUCAGAACGAACAAAACGCCUUCGGCUUAAACGUCGACCGGCUCAAAGACGCCGUACGCUCCUACUUCGGCGAACGGCCUGAUGACGUGUACGUCCGCAGCCCUACCCCGUGGGGUGACUUAUAUAAGACUUACGACUGGACUCAAGUCACCAGGACCCUUAUACCGAAGAGGGCCAAGAUAUUAUCUAUCGAAUCUCAGCCCCUUAUAGUUAUGGAACAAGUCUUCGAAAACAACAGUAGCAAACCGGCGACCUUCAACGUCGGCAUCACCCAGCAAGUCCAGAACACGGUAUCCUCGACGUGGUCGAAAGAAGCCAGCUUAUCUGUAAGCCAAGACAUCAGCUAUGGAUUCGACAUUGAAAUCUUAAACGGUGGUGGAUCAACCUCUUUCACUUACUCCAACUCCUGGGGUGAGAACACUGAAAAAUCAGAGACUGUAACAGUCGGCGCUUCCAAUGACAUGGAGAUACUCCUGCAGCCAAAACAAGCAGUAGUGGCUCAACUACACGCGAACAAAGGCUUCAUCAAAAUUGAAGUGGAGUACGAAGCCAGUUUAUCUGGAGCUACAGUAGUUAACUAUGACAAAACAUAUCAAGGUCAUCAUUUCUGGGCAUUAGACAUUGAAGCCGUGAUGCUGACCGGCAGAAUAAGCAACACUAUUGUCUCCAAGGAGGUCAUCAACAUCGCCUUCUUCUCUCAAUCCAAGGUCACGGUCCAGGACAGAAAUUAUAACACUAAACUCAUGGAAGUCACUUUCUGA